CUAUCAGAAAAAUGGGUCAGAUAUCAUUCUUAGAACCAAAACGGAAAGUCCCAACGAUCCCAUUUUACUCCUUUUCACCACCUCUAGUAGCAGAGAGAGAGAGAGAGUAUGGCGAUUACGGUGCCGAGACGGCAACUCUUCAUCGGCGGUCAAUGGACUGAGCCCGUUCUCCGUAAAACUCUCCCUGUUGUCAAUCCCGCCACCGAAGACAUCAUCGGUUAUAUUCCAGCUGCAACUUCUGAAGAUGUGGAGCUUGCUGUGGAAGCUGCUAGGAAAGCAUUUACUAGGAACAACGGAAAGGAUUGGGCUAGAGCAACUGGUGCUGUUCGUGCCAAAUACUUGCGCGCUAUUGCAGCUAAGGUAAUAGAGAGGAAGUCUGAACUAGCUAAUCUUGAGGCUAUUGAUUGCGGUAAACCUCUAGAUGAAGCAGCAUGGGACAUGGAUGAUGUUGCUGGAUGUUUUGAAUAUUAUGCUGACCUAGCUGAAGGCUUGGAUGCAAAGCAGAAGACUCCUCUUUCUCUUCCGAUGGAUACUUUUAAGGGUUAUAUUCUCAAGGAACCCAUUGGCGUAGUUGGCAUGAUUACUCCAUGGAACUAUCCGUUAUUGAUGGCUGUCUGGAAAGUCGCUCCUUCACUUGCUGCUGGGUGCACGGCUAUACUGAAACCUUCAGAGUUGGCCUCCCUGACAUGUUUGGAGCUCGCUGAUAUUUGCCGCGAGGUGGGUCUACCACCUGGUGUUCUUAAUAUUCUGACUGGUUUAGGAACUGAAGCAGGUGCUCCACUGGCAUCGCAUCCACAUGUUGACAAGAUUGUAUUCACUGGAAGCACAACAACUGGAAGCAGCAUUAUGACUUCCGCUGCCAAAUUGGUGAAACCAGUUUCCUUGGAGCUUGGGGGUAAAAGCCCUAUCAUUGUCUUUGAUGAUGUCGAUAUUGAUAAAGCUGUGGAAUGGACUAUGUUUGGUUGUUUCUGGACGAAUGGGCAGAUUUGUAGUGCCACAUCUCGACUUCUUGUGCAUGAAAGGAUUGCUGACGAGUUUUUGGACAAGCUGGUAAAGUGGACCAAGAACAUUAAGAUUUCAGAUCCUUUUGAAGAAGGCUGUAGGCUUGGUCCUGUUGUCAGUAAAGGACAGUACGAGAGAGUUCUAAAGUUUGUCUCAAACGCUAGGAAUGAAGGUGCAACUGUUCUUUGUGGAGGAGUUCGUCCUGAGCAUUUAAAGAAGGGAUACUUUGUUGAACCUGCGAUUGUUUCAAAUGUGACUACUUCAAUGGAAAUCUGGAGAGAGGAAGUCUUUGGUCCUGCUCUGUGUGUGAAAACAUUCUCCACCGAGGAUGAGGCAAUUCAGCUUGCAAAUGACUCUCAAUAUGGAUUAGCAGGCGCAGUAUUAUCAAAUGAUCUGGAGCGGUGUGAUCGUGUUAGUAAGGCUUUCCAGGCGGGAAUAGUGUGGGUCAACUGCUCUCAGCCAUGCUUCUGCCAAGCUCCAUGGGGUGGAACCAAACGCAGUGGAUUUGGCCGUGAAUUGGGAGAAUGGGGACUUGAGAACUACUUGAGUGUGAAGCAGGUGACUCAGUAUAUCUCUGAUGAACCAUGGGGAUGGUACAAACCUCCUUCCAAGCUCUGAGACAAACACUAGUUCCUGAUAUUUCCUUAAAACAUGUACUCAUGAGAAUAUACCAAUAAAGCAAGAGACCCUUCUGUAAGAGAAAUGGUAUUGCUACUUUAAAUUCUUGAAAAAAAUGAAAAAUAAGAUGAGAUGAUAUUUCUUUUUGUUUUUCUCAAAACAACAUGCCAUACAAAAGUAGCAAAAAACUGGCGAAAGAUGAAUGCUCUUAUAUGUAACAUACAAAAGUUACAGCCUACAGUAAACUUCAGAAAGCAAAGAGGGUAUGCGAUCUGUGAAUUAAUGUCGGAUUCUUGCAGUUACAAUUGUGUGGAGAAACUAAACCACAUUGAUCAAAAGAAAUGACUCUUGAAGCUCUCUACACGAAUGAUGAUUGAUGUUCACAGGUAAGAGAAGAAGAAGAAGAAGAAGAAGAAGAAGAAGAAGAAGAAGAAAA